UUUCCUGGAGUCCCUUGUGACUCAUCAUCAUUGUAAGGGUCAUCCUGAAACACACCCCUCUCCUGAUGUGCUCUUGGUACAAUCCAAAGAGUUUCAGGUUAAGAAGCUGAGGGGAUCUUUGUUUGCGGGAGUCUGUUUGGAGUUUGAUGUGCCUCGGAGCAGGACCCAUGUCAGCUAGAUACCUCGAGGAAAGGGAGAUACAUCCUUAACCCAUACUAGGAAGGAAGAGGAAAGAAGUUGCUGUACAAAAGAAGUGUUCCAUACAGAAAAGAUAUGUCUUCAUCAGUUCAACUCUUCAGAGAUCAGAAGUACCACGAGCUGAAAAGGCAAUGUAUCCAGCAGAGACGGCUCUUCGAAGAUCCUGAAUUUCCAGCCUCAGAUGAGUCCCUUUUCUAUCAAAAAGCCCCACGAGGGAAAGUUGAAUGGAAGCGCCCAAAGGAUCUCUGUCAAGACCCUUAUCUGUUUGUGAAUGGAAUCAGCUCUCACGACUUGCACCAAGGCAGCUUGGGGAACUGCUGGUUUGUGGCUGCAUGCUCCUGUUUGGCACUGAGGAAGGCGCUCUGGCAGCAGGUGAUUCCAGGCUUUCAAGAACAAGAAUGGGACCCUAAAACACCAGAGAAAUAUGCUGGAAUUUUCCGUUUCCGUUUCUGGUGCUUUGGAAUAUGGACAGAGGUGGUUAUUGAUGAUCUGCUGCCAACAAUUGAUGGGACAUUGAUCUACUGCCAUUCCAAUGUGGAAAAUGAAUUCUGGAGUGCAUUACUGGAGAAAGCUUAUGCAAAGUUGGCUGGAUCUUAUGAAGCCCUGGAUGGAGGUAGUGCUGCAGAUGCAAUAGUGGAUUUUACUGGAGCAGUGGCAGAAUCUAUUGAUUUGGUACAGGGAAAAUACAGUGAGACUAUUUCAGAGCAGAUGAAGCUGUUUGAAGAUUUGCUGAAAGUGCAUAAAAGAGGCGGGCUGAUCAGCUGUUUCAUCGCGUCUUCCUCUGGAAGAGCCAAUGAGGUGGAGUCAAAGACAGGUCUUGUCGCUGGUCAUGCCUACUCAGUGACUGCAAUUCGGAAGCUGCACCUUGGAGAAAGUCUGACAUUCUCUUUUAACACAGAAAAGCUCUUCAUGGUCAGGCUGAGGAAUCCCUGGGGAAAUAGAGAGUGGAAUGGUGCCUGGAGUGACAAUUCUGAAGAGUGGAAGAAAGUCAGCAAUGCGGAGCGUAAACGUCUGGGACUCACUGUUGAGAAUGAUGGAGAGUUCUGGAUGACAUUUGAGGACUGGUGUAAGAAUUUCACUGAUGUGGACAUCUGCCGGAUUGUAAAUACCUCCUACUUCAGUAUCCACAAGACCUGGGAGACAAAAAUGCUGCAUGGGGCUUGGGCAAAGAAUUCAGAGCCCCUGCUAAAUCGCUGUGGCGGAUGCUUUGAUAACACAGAGACCUUCCUUCAGAAUCCCCAGUACAUCUUUGAUGUUAAGAAGACAGAAGACAAAGUGUUGAUCUCAUUACAACAGGAGGAUCGGCGCAGGAGCAAAAAAGUAGGGAAAGGAGACAACAUCAUCAUUGGUUUUGAAAUCUUCAAGGUAGAAGAUAACAGAAGCUAUCGACUACACAAGCUGACUGUGCAGGAGAGAGUAGCCACAUCUCCAUACAUCAAUACACGCAAUGUGUUCUUGAAGAAGACCCUUAAGCAAGGCCGUUACAUCCUUAUCCCAACUACAUAUCUUCCUGGCAUCGCUACAGAUUUUAUCCUGAGACUCUUCACUGAUGUGCCGUCAAAGCUCAGAGAGCUGACAGCAGAUAAGCCUGAAAUGACAUGUUGGAGUCUUCUUUGUGGCUAUCCACGCAGAAUCACCCAAAUCAAAAUCCACUCUGCAGAAGGCUUACAGGAGCAAGAUGGAUCAGGUGGAGCAGAUCCCUAUGUGCUCAUCAAGUGUGAGAACCAAAAGGUGCGCUCCUCUGUACAACACAAUACUACCAGGGCGACUUUCGACACACAAGUCAUCUUCUACAGGAAAAACAUCGACAGUCCCAUCAUUGUCCAGGUCUGGAACAGCAACAUCUUGUGUGACCAGUUCCUUGGACAGGCGCUGCUGGCAGCUUCACCCAGUGACCCCAGAGAACAGCAGACUCUGCAACUUCGAGGGAGGGGCAGCCAAGAAGCCGAGGAGGUGCCAGGUCACAUCACCGUCAAGGUUUUUUCCAGUGAUGACCUCGCAGAGCUAUGAAUACCAAAGCCCUGCAGAGCCAGACAGAGCUGUCACCUCGCAGCAGGAGGGCUUGUCUGUGCUUUCUGUGUGAAUGACUUGUAAGCAAAGGUUUCAUGUACAUACUCACAAUUGCUUUAAAAAGAAAAAGCUCUCUAAAACUCUCCAUUAUUUUGGAUAAUGGGGAGGGGAGGCUUUUAAAGGGAAAAAAAAAUGCAUAUAUAUAUAUAUGUUCAUCAUACAGCAAGCAGUAGAAAAGGUGCCAAACUAACUGUCAGCAGAUGAGCUCAUUAAGACAUGAGCUCAUAGCCAUCUCCCCCAGCAGCAUCCUUCAGUAGCUCGUGACAUGUAAGCUGGAAGCAGACAUGACUGUUCUCACAGAUCAUUGCAUGUUCCCAGCAGGCAGGUGGGAAUAGCUGUAUCUCCACAGCCGCGUGCCAGCAGGCUGGCAUGCUGGCAAGGACAAGAUGGACUCACGUGCCUGAUGUCCUUGUUCACUGCUAGACUCCCCUUGGGAGGGGGAGUUUUUUGAGCUUUGAUUGGAAUUUUUUUCCCUAAUACUGAUUUUUUUUUUAAUUAAUUUCACUCUUAUUGAUAAAGAUAUUUCUGUUCCUUGGCUAAAGCAUUGUUACUCAAGGAUUUCAGUAAUACGACUUAAGACCAGACGUGCCAUGGCAACAUUAAAAUAGAGGGGCAGGUCUUGGAGUGAUAGCUUUCCCUGCAUAAAGGCUCUCGUUGUAUUUUCCUGUUGUCCACCCCAAGCUGAUUCACAAGUUGAUAUCUUUGGCCAAGAGAUGGGCAUCUCACAGUUCAGCUGUGGCUUUGCCUGGAGGACAAACUCAAUUAUGGAAGCCACCUCACUAAGGAGGUUUUGAUUAAUCUACUUUAUGCUAGAAUGAAAGAAUGCUCCCUUUGCCUCAUUAGGUGUGAUGAGCAACACCAGAAUGAAAGAGGAGAAAAUUAGUUUAUGACAGGAAUGGGUCUGUAAAACAAAGAUGCCAUGACAUAGCAGGUACCAGGUUUUUUUCUUUGGAAAUUUUGCAUUGGUUUAUUGCUGAUAGAGCUCACAUCUUUGAGAAACUUUAACUUGGGUGUGAUGGAGGUCAAGUAUUGUUCGUAUUUUCCUUACAGCAAGGUUCCUUGUACAAACUUCCUUUUAACUUCUGCAUAUAGCCUGUCAGUAGGGCUCCUUCAUAGCAGACAUUUCAAGUUGUCAAGCUAUGCAGUGAUUCUGGCAGUGUAAAAGAGGCUUACUGUGUCAGACAUCUCAGAAAUGGAUUUUGUAUGGUUGCAAAUUAUGGUCUUGAAAGUGAAGCUAAAGGCUUACUAUUCUACCUUCUGUACAGCCAGGAAGCUUCUAUUUCUGUGUACCUCAUAACUACUUCAGCCAUUUUGUGCAAUGUUUAUAACUUAUAAAAUGGCCCUUGGUGGAGUUAAUGUUUUCAAAAAAGGUUUGUAAGUCAGUCUGCUUGGGGCAUCCAAAAGGAUCAAUGCUGUGGGAGGAAAAAGAUUUGUCUGACAUGUUAGGGCUGGAAUAUAAAGCUAUGAAGGAUGUUAUGCUGCCAUCAGCUUAGCUGCUGUACCAAGUACCUAAAUCCAACUAUUUUUUAAAUAGCUUGGGCUCAAGCCAUUUUGCACGCAGAGCAUUUGUCAGAUGUGAGCUGCACCCAGAGGCAAGUAUAACUUCUCUGUAAACUCAUGGCUUUAGAGUUGCUUACUCUCAGAUAUGACUGUGAGGUGCAUUUCUUUUAAAAAAUCAUGCAACUCAUACAGACCAGAGCUCAGAUACACAGCGAGCUGCCACUCAGUCUGGGCUGACCUGUUUAUGUUACUUUUCCUCAUGCACUAUUUUAUUCACUAUAGCUCUGCCUCCUAGCAGCCCAUCAGACACACCUCGCCUGCACAGGCAGAGCAGCAGGGCUGCAGAGCUGUUGAGGAUCGCAGGCAGCAGCACCUGGGGAGAGCAGAGUUGGUUUCGUUGCAUAAUCCCCUUUUCAGACAAUUUUGCAGAACUCUUUCUUCUGAGAUGGGUGCAGUAAAGAGGCGUUGGCUGAUCUGGCUGAUUGACUGGGGUCAGAGCACAGCCCGAAGAGGGUUCCUGGCAGACAGCACCCAGCUGGGCCAGGCGGCUUUCCCUGCUCAAACGCUACCAGAGCCCGGCGGUGUUUGUCAGUGUUCAGCCAUACCUUGUGGGAAAAUGUUCUGUUUCACGGUAACUGCCUGGGUGUGUGUGCCGGCUUCGGUCCCCCGCAAAUCCCCACAUUAAAACAAGUCUGACAAAUAUUUUAUUUCAAAUUUCAACCUUUAUUUUUUCAAUACGAAGCAACCUAAAUAAAAGGCUAACAAAAUAUAACCCCCUUGAAUAAUUUCUGCAAUGAAACAUUCUUGUUUCAGAUAAAAGAAAAAUCACUUCGGCGUGACCCUAACCGCCCUCAGUCAGUUUGGGGACGGGGGGAGAGAAAGACGCGCAGAUCCCCGCACGCCUCUGUUCCCCGCGCAGCUGCUCCACGCCGUUACCGCCCGCAGCUCCGUCUUGGGCGCGCGGCCGCAUGGCGGCGCUCGAGCCGCGCGCGGAUCGCCUCAGGCUGUGGUGAGGGGCUCCCGCGUGCCGCCAUUCCGCGCCGUCCCCCGCAGGCGGCGCUGCGGCCGCCAUCUUACCUGUCGGCCUGGCACGUGGCGCUUGGGGACUUCAUGGCGCGUUUGGUGGGUGCGACUCAGGUGAGAACACGCGUGCAGAGCUCCUGGUCGUGUGUACGUGUGUGUACAUGUGCACUUAUAGAUGUUCAGUAUAUAGAGAGAGUUUGUAGUUGUGUGAGAUCUGUGUCUAUGUAGAUGUCUGUUAAUGUAGACAGCAGUGUUAUAAAGUUAUGUAAGGAGCUAUAUGCCUGUGUGUGUAUGUAUGUUUUUAAAAGCUUAAAAAUAUAUGUACAUGCUCACCUAUAUUUAAAAAAGUUGGAUGGCUAGUGAGUGUGUUAGUGAUGGAACACUCACUAUCUCCUCCUGUAUUUUUAUUACGUAUAGAUUAUAUCAAUAUAUAUUCUUAUAUACAUUAAAACCACUGUUUGUGUGUGUAGGCACCAAUAUACAUAUAUAAAAUACAUGCUAGAACUCCACAUAGAUGACUAGAGAGGGAGUGAUGAGUCUGCAUUUGUGUUUUUCUAUACGUAUGUAUGUAUGUACCCAUAGACACAAAUACAUACACUGUGUCCUAUGUAACGUACACAGAGUGCAUUUCAGCGUCUCUUGCGUGACUGACAUAUGUAGGUAUACAUAGAUAAUACGCAGCGUUAGGUUUUUGUCUCAGAUCUCAUCCUGUGUAUCUUUUACAUAUGUACCUACACACAGCUCUUUACAUAAAUGCCCGUAUAGAUGAUGGAUUGAGGAUGGUAUGUAUGUGUAUGUAUGUGUAGUUGUGUAUGUGUACAUAGCUCUACACAUGCUUACACUGUAGGUAUCUGUGUGUGCAGAUACAUAUAUAAAAUAUAUACAUAUAUUAAUUGGCACUGAGGGAGGUUCAUGCUUUAGGAAAAAGUUUCUUGGAAAGAGUGGUGCUGCACUGGCACAGGCUGUGCAGGGAGGUGGUGGGGUCAGCAUGCGAGGAGGUGUUCAAGAAGGGGGUCAGCAUGGCACUGAGGGAUGUGGUUAGUGGCACGUCAGGAUAGGCAGGCACUGGGACUCAGUGAUCUCAGAGGUCUUUUCCAGCCUGAAUGAUUCUUUGACUCUGUAUGAGAAAGAGGACACUUCUGUGUAUGUAUGUGUGUUGUGUGUGUAUAAGCAGAGAGGUGCUCUGUGUGAGUGUACAUGUACAUAUAUAUACACAUAAAGUAUGUAUAGUAUAUAGUUUAUAUUGUAGAUCAUGUACUAUAAAUGUGUAUAAACAGCGUGAUUCAUAUUUAUAGAAGGGACUUUAUAUACACAAUGUAUAAGCUAAAUACUAUAUUAUAUGUAGUUGGCUAGAGAGGGAGCGUUUUGCAGAGAGAGUGUGGUAUAUAUGGAUGUUAUAUAUGAUAAUUUAUGCAUAUAACUCUAUAGCAUAUGCUCGAUACCUUCAAAUAUAUUGGGUAUAUAUAGAAAUGCACUCUUCAUACAUCUGUGUGAAUACACAGUUGCGCAAACACAUUAUAUGUAUCUUUUUAGCAAUUUAUAUGCAUUUAUGUUCUAUCUAAUUACAUGCACAAAAUACAGUGAUUUAUAGUUGCGUGUAUGUGUGUGUGUAUAUAUAUAUAUAUAUAUAUAUAUAUAUAUACAUAAACAUACAUGUAUGAUGGAAACUGGACUGCUCCAAAUGCAUAGGGCUGGAUGAGAUUCACCUGAGAGUGCUGAGGGAACUGGUGGAGGUGAUAGGCAUUUCCAUUAUCUAUCAGCGUUCCUUGUUGACUGGUGAGGUCCCAGAAGGCUAAAGGCUUGCCAGUGUGACUCCUAUCUACAAGAAGAGUUGUAAGGAGGAUUCAGGGAACUACAGUAUUAUCCUGCAGAAGCUGGCAGCCCGUGGCUUGGGCAGGUGCAUUCUUGGCUGGAUGAGGAGCUGGCUGGAGGGCUCAAAGAGUGGUGGUGAAUGCAGUUAAAUCCAGCUGGUGACAGUCACCAGUGGUGUUCCCCAGAGGUUGGUGCUGAGCGCACCCUCAGCAAGUUCACAGAUGACACCAAGUUGGCUGGAAGUGUGGAUCUGCCUGGGGGUAGCGAGGCCUGCAGAGGGAUCUGCACAGGCUGGAUGGCUGGGCUGAAGCCAAUGGGAUGAGGUUCAAUAAGGCCAAAUGCUGAGUCCUGCGCUAUGGCCACAACAACAACGCCAGGCAACGCUACAGGCUUGGGGCAGAGAGGCUGGAAGACUGCAUAGAGGAAAUGGACCUGGGGGUGUCGAUUGAUGCUGGGCUGAACAUGAGCCAGCGGUGUGCCCAGGUGGCCAAGAAGGCCAUUGGCAUCCUGGCAUGAGGAACGGUGUUGCCAGCAGGAACAGGGCAGCGAUUGUCCCCCUGUACUGAGCUCUGGUGAAGCCUCAUCUCGAGUGCUGUGUCCAGUUUUGCGCCCCUCACUGCAAGAAAGACAUUAAGGCCCUGGAGUGGGUUCAAAGGGCAACAAAACUGGUGAGGGGUCUGGAGCACAGGGCUUAUGAGGAGCAGCUGAAGGAGCUGGGAUUGUUCAAUCUGGAGGAGGCUCAGGGGAGACCUCAUUGCUCUUAUAACUCCAUGAAGGGAGGUUGUAGUGAGCUGGGGGUCGGCUUCUUCUCUCGUGUAACUGGUGAUAGAACUAGAGGGAAUGGCUUCAAGCUGCACCAGGGGAGAUUUAGGCUGGACGUUAGGAAAUACUACUUCUCUGAAAGAGCGGUCAGGCACUGGAAUGGGCUGCCCAGGGGGGGUGGUGGAGUCACCAACCCUGGAAGUGUUCAGGGAACGUUUGGACGUUGUGUUGACGGACAUGGUGUAGUGAGAGCUAUUGGUGAUGGGUUGGACUGGAGGAUCUUGUAGGUCUUUUCCAACCUUGGUGAUUCUGUGAUUCUGUAAACGGGUAUUACACAGCAACAUAAUGGUUUCUGUACACAUUUGUACAAUAUAUAGAAAAUAUACUGUAGUAUAUAAUGUAUUUUAUUUAUUUAUACACACACACACAGUGCUCCAAAAGCAAUACCUCCUAUUUUGUGAUGCUGGUCUGCAGUGUCAGAGGCAGAUGUUGGCAGUACAGCCGUAAAGGCUGAACCUUCCCACCAGUAUCCUGUUAUAUUGUUGCUAUGUGACAGAUGGCAGCAGAGGGGCAGUCUGACAGCAUGGCGUCUGACAUGGAAACGCAGAUAAAGCAAAGGUGUGUUAUUGAAUUUCCUCCUGUGGAAAAAUGGCACCCACUGCCAUUCCUUGAUGCUUGCUGAAUGUUUCUGGAGACCAGAAACCUGGAGACCUUUGAGGGCCUGGAGGUAAGUGCAGACUCAGCAGAGCUGGGACACACCUUCACAGACCUGGUGGCAACAGGUAGCUAGGAUCAGUGUCUUGGUGUGAGUUAAACACAAGCUGGUGACACUGGGAAGCCAGGCUGAGGUCUGGGGGAGUGUGCCCAUGGCUGGAGCCUGCCCCUCUCACCUUUCUCCACUGCUAGCAAAAAACCCCUCUGAGACAGAGCAUUUACUGGAUGCAGUACAGCCCUGCACAGUACAGCAGGUACAAGAGUGGUGUUUCCAUGGUGGCCCAUAUACAUCUAAUUUUGGUGUUGCUUAACCUUUGAGCACGUGGCCAGGUGAUCUUAUCACAGCUUUAUGUGAGCAGCUGUAUAAGAGCUUAUAAAGCAGUUUAAAAGACUAACGAGGUUCUCAUAGGGGCAGACAAUCACUACUGCCAUCUCUGUAACUCACCACAGUCAUGAGGAGGGGAUGUUUUGUUUUGUUUUGUUUGUUUUUUAAUAAAUACAGAGCAAACAGACAUACAACACAGUGAGAAGUUGCAGCACUCAGUGCGUUUAUCCAGACCAGAGCAGCAAAGAGUCUGUUAGCUGCUGCAGACACAAGAAGCUCUAGCAGGAGAGGGUAAGUACAGGCUUAGACAAGUAAAUCCUGCUUCAUAACAUGAUGUUCUGGUGGCACAGGUGAAAGUUGAAAGUUUUUCACACAGACAAACAGAUGAAGUCUUUCUAAGGGCAGAUGAUUGAGGUUGGUAAUCUUUAUCCAUCCCUGACGUUUUUUGUCAGAAAGUAUCAACAGAGCGUAGGAAAGGCUGCAGUUCACACUCUCCACUGGUAUUUAUAACUUUUAUUUGCAAUACUUUAGGUCCAAGUUUCAAACUGCAAUAUUUUUACACUCAAGACACAGUCAUGCACAAUCCAUAUUUCAAUUUUCUAUUGCUUCAACCACAAUUUAAAAUAACUUAAUAUUGGAAACAAAACCCAAAAUCUUAAAAAAAAAAAAAAAAAAAAAAAAAAAAAAAAAAAAAAAAAAGAUGCUGAGGUCAGUAAGAUGGAUCCAUGCCAUCAGCACAUUUACAAAGUAAAUAACUUAGUUCUCUUUUUAAAAAGAUCAUAAUUACCUCUUAAUCCAAAGUUACAGAAGAUUUUCACUACACAUUUGUUUUUGCUUUUUAUCUUUUUUGUUUUUUUCUUUUCUUUUUUCUUUUUUUUUUUUU